UUUCUGUUUAAGUUGCAGACCACACGAAUCAGAGAAAACAAGCAGAUUUGGUUAAUUCAGCUGUUCUCAGAGAGAAUCAUCACCCUAAAGCCACAGAGAGACCAUCUCCCGGGCUCUGAGUUAAAAUCAUUCUUUCCACCAUGGAGAGGAGCGUGGUGAAGCUAUUGAUCAUAUUUGCCCUUGGGAUGCACUAUCGGUCUUGCUCAGGUUUCCCUGUGUUCGACUAUGACCCUUCCUCCCUGCAUGAAGCCCUCAGUGCCUCUGUGGCCAAAGUGAACUCCCAGUCCCUGAGUCCAUAUCUGUUUCGGGCGUUCAGGAGCUCAUUAAAAAGAGUGAAUGUUCUGGAUGAGGACCGCGUGCUCAUGAGCUUAGAGUUCAGCAUCCGGGAGACCACGUGCUUAAAAGAUUCCAGAGAAGAUCCGUCUACAUGUGCCUUCCAGAGGGGCUACUACGUGCAAACCGCAGCCUGCAGAAGCACCGUGCAGAUGGCGGGCGAGCAGGCGCAGCAGGUGUGGGCUCACUGCCGCUGGGCCGACACAUCCGAGUCCCACAGCAGCGAGGAGAUGAUUUUUGGGGACAUGGGAAGAUCCUAUAACUGGAGAAACGAUUAUCUACUUGGUCUCAUUCCUGAGGAACCCAGAAGCCAGCGGUUUUAUGAUCGGUCACCUGAGCCCAUGAGAAGGGAUUUUCCUCCUACAAACAGAAGAGUCCCCAACUACCGGCACAGAGCAAGGAUAAACGGUGGCUUUGAGUGACACUGGAGCAAAGAGCAUGGAAAGAAGACAAGUUCCAACAAAGAAAAGUACUGUGUGAAUUAUGUAACUUUGCAUCUGACCAGUCUCUAAUAAAAGUCUUCUUUUUCCUGUAA